AGAUCAUUUAAGAGGAUGAAGGUCUCAGACGGAGAGGAGUCCUCUUCCAAGCCUGGAGAAGUAGCACAAGUGCAGCAGAUGAUCCAGGAGCUACAGGAUCCUGAGCUGAGGAGGUUACGGCAGCGGUCAGUGGAUGUGACUCUGGAUCCUGAUACAGCACACUGCAAGCUCAUUGUGUCGGAGGACAGGAAACAAGUGAGCUAUGGAGACAUACGGCAGAUUCUCCCUGACCUCCCAGAGAGGUUUGAAUGUUAUCUAUCGGUCCUGGGAAAGGAGGGCUUCUCCUCAGGGAGAUUCUACUUUGAGGUUCAGGUGAGAGGGAAGAUUGAAUGGCAGGUAGGAGUGGCCAGAGAGUCCAUCAUCAGGAAGGGCCCAACGGCUGUAAGCCCUGAGGGUGGACUCUGGGCUCUGUAUAUGAAUAGGAAUAAGUAUAUAGCCAAGGACACACCCCAUAUGCACCUCUUCCCGAGUCAGAAACCCCAGAAGGUGGGGGUGUUUGUGGAUUACGAGGAGGGUCAGAUCUCCUUUUAUGAUGUAGAAAACAUGUCUCAUAUCUACUCUUUCACUGGUUGUACCUUCACUGAGAAGCUAUAUCCAUACUUGAACCCCUGUGAUAAUGAAGAGGGUCCAAACUCAGCCCCAUUGGUCAUCUCUCCUGUCAAUCACACUGACUGAAUUGGGGUCCAAUAAGGCAGAAGUGCUGAUAUUGGGCUGUUUUUCAGGGGGUCUGCCAAGUAGUCGUACACCAACUUUCAUAAUAUCUAGGGGUUUAACAUCAUGUCAGAAACUACAUCAACAUGAUCAUCUGAAGCAUGACUGCAAUAUAUCUAACGUGGUGUUCAAUGAUUGGUUCAUUUGUGCAGCAUGACUUCUUUGCGGCCUGUUUAGACCAUGAUGUUUGAUAUGGUUUUGGUGUUAAAAUCAGAGGAUAAUGCUUGAAAUCUGAUCUACAGUAGAAUAUGUUUUAGUUUGUGUCUUUGUUCCCAUUUCUUUCCCCCAUGUUUCAGUAUAUUGUGUUGAGACGUUGUUUGGAUUAAUUUGGGAGUAUGUAGUGAAUUAUCCAAAUCUAGUACAAUGCAUCCAAUUUCUUGUGAGUUUGUUUUCAUUGUAUGUGGUCAAUGUCAAAUAAACAUAAAUACAGUGAAUAAAUGUUUUGUUCUUGUUUUU